AUGUCACACCGGGGGUUGGAGCACAGGCAUUUCAGGUACAGGUGCGCAACGUUCAACACAAAAGCGGAAGCACUGGAAGACACAACUGCCACCCUGAGCUCGGCCACUCGGAGCCUCACUUGUCUCGUCGCACUGCCAAAAGUAGACAAAUUCAGCAUCUCCGCCAAAAAAGGGGGCGCUGGAGGGACCAGCAGCCAGGCCCCAUCGCCCAGUACCGCGCCUGCCUCGGCAAUAGACAAGGACAAGGGCAAAGGCAAAGGUAAGGGACAAGGUAAGGGCCAAGGCAAAGGAAAAGCCAAGGUCACAGCGUCGGACAUACCGGUCGCGCGCCGCAUCCUGGGCGCAUCGGGUCGGUCUUACUCUGCCCUGCUUGUUGCAGUUGACUUGUCCAAGAAGGAGCUUCAGGACCAUGAGUUGGCCAAGGAGGAGGGCGUGCGACAGUCCAUCCCUGGCCGCAUCGGCCCGCUUAUUCGAUUUCGCGACGGCCUUGCUGCGCAAUGCACGUCGUCAUCAAAGGCUUUCAGCAAGAGCCCCAAGCUUGCCAUUGCCACCUGGGCAACCGGCCAUCAUGUGCAGCUGACCGACUCAUGGAAUUGGGCGGAAGAGCAAGCGGCUAACGGAGCCAAACAGGAGUCCGACAAGGACUACUUUGCCAGGGCGAGCCGUGUGCAAACUUUGGGCCUCGCCGUGCACGGCAGCAAGCUUGGGUGGAAGAGGCCGACGACGGCUGAGACCUGUUUUCCUCGUGUGUGGCAGCUCAAUGGACGCCCUAAGUCAUGGGACUUUGCGCAAGCCUCGGCUGUUGUUGAAGACCAUUUUCAGGAUGUCCGCAUGAUCCGCCAGCGCACCCGUGGAGCCGACAAAACCUUCUUGUUCAGGGGUGCGGCCACGGCUGGGGCUGAAUGCGAUUUGUUGCCCAUAGCCACUCAGGAUGGGGAUGGAUCCCAGCUUAUGUUGUGGGCCAGUUUGGCGCCUGCCAAGGCUGAGCAAGUAAAACAGAAGCGCAUCAAGACAGGUGCCCUGCCUUUCGUCACGCCGACUCCUGAUAUCUUCACGCCGGUUGUUCAAAGUUUGCCGGUGAAGCCCUGCCAGGAAGCUGCUUCGGAGGAUGCGACCAUGCAAGGUGACGCCUCGCCUUCUGCGGGGGCCUCUGCCGUCAAGGACAAGCCGAAGCUAGAGACUGCUGAUAGUGACGCCGCGGCAAAGAGGCAGAAGGUUACAGUCCGGGAGGUGCCCAAAGGUUGUGUUACGCAGGCGGCCGCUAAGGAUGGCAACUGCAUGUACCAUGCCGUUGGCGAUGGCCUGCGCUGGCUGAAGGAGCAGCCCAAGGCGUUCCACCACCUUGACCCUCGUGCCCGUGUUGCUGAGCACCUUGCCAGACACAAGGAGGACUAUGAGCCUGCAUGGUCCAGUGACGGUCGUCCCGGUCCUGAUGGCACUGCCUUGCCGGACUGGGAUGCCUUUGUUGCGCAAGUUGCCUUGCCUGGCAAGUACAGUGGCAGUGGCGAAGCUGAGCUCAAGGCCUUGUGUAGGCUGUUCUCCAUCAGGGUCAUUGUCAUCCCUGCUGACCCCAACUGGAAGGUCUGUUCCUAUGGCAAGGCCAAGUACAAAGAUGUU